AUGGCAGGCUCGCGGCCGUCUAGCGGCGUCGGCGGCCUCAGCGCCAACCUGAUAUCCGUCCUCGGCUGGUCGAUGAUCCCUUCCUUCCUCACGAGCGCCAUCCUCACCCUCUUCUACCGACUCUUUCCUUCGUCUCGCCCGACUGUACCGCCUCGAGCCGCCCCUCAGCACGUCGCAGCAGCGAACGCUCGCGCUCAGUGGCACUAUCGCCGCGUCCGCAUCACGCUCAUUGCCGCCUACCUCGCAUACUCCGUCCUCUCCAUCUACUGGUCGCAGGCUCGCGGCGCCGAGCAGAAUUACUACGCCCUCCUCGACCUGUCGCGCGACCUUGUCGACCGCGACGGCGCGAGCGUGGUCAAGUCUCACUGGCGUCGACUCGCGCGAGUGUAUCACCCCGACAAGGUUGGAAAGCAGGGCGAGGCGUUCUUCGUCCUGCUGCGGAGGGGAGUCGAAGCCUUGGAGGACGAGAACAAGCGAUGGGCGUAUGAGCGGUUCGGACCAAGCGUGCAGGAGUGGGGCGACAAGCUCGUCACGAAGCGCGAAUUUCUCGCGAAGGGCGCGCUUUACGCCGGCAUCUUCUGGGCGUUCGCGUUCGGCUCGAUCGCCGUCUUCACCUUCUUCCGCAAGAGCGAGCGGAGGUACAACUUCUGGCGAUACCUGAGUCUUGCGCUCUGCCUCUCGCUCGAGUUCCACCUCCUCUUUCGCUCUUCUCCCUCUCCCACCUUCUCCUUCGUCUUCCCACACCGCCUGCCGUACCAGCACAUCGCCCUCCUCCGCCAGCUCUUCAUCUCAACCUCGAUGGCCAUGUCGCAACUCGGCCCGCUCCUCUUCCCCGACACGCCGACCCACUUCGCCUCCUCCUCUUCCGCCUCAUCCGAAGCCGAGCAAUACGCCCGCGCCGUGGCCGACGUCGACAGCCUCAAGCCCCUCAUCGAGCGUCUCAUGCGCCUGACAGCCCAAGCGGAACUCGAAGCCUCGGCGCUCCAGUCGCUCGAGCUUCGCCCGCUGAUGGAGUCGGUCAAGCCGGACCCUGAGGCGCCUGGCGUCGAAGAGCGGAAGGUGAUCAGGAAGUUGGUGGACGGGAUGGUUGCGACGUGGGAAGACUCGCAGCUCAAGAACAAUCGGAGGACGGCGCGAGUCUGGGAUGAGGCGCUGCGCAAAUCGGUGCAGAAGGCCGCGAGGGAGAAGGAGCUGCCGAAGGAGGAUGCGGACGAGGACCGAGCGGGUGUAGAAGUCAAGGUGGAGGAGGACGACGAAGCGGACGCCAGAAGCGAAGCCUCGGCCUCGACAGCCGCCGGCUACGAUGUGGCCUUGUCGGACGGGGCGGAAAACGCCCCCGCUCCUACGAACGCAGUGGACAACACGGCCCUUUCCCUCGACUCGGCCGUCAUACCUCCUCCCGUAACGCUUCUCGCCUCUCCUCCGACCUUACCUCGGACCGGGUCCGCAGGCUCAGCCAUUCCGCUGCCCGUCCUCGAAGCGGGGUUUGGUGACGGGGCGGGCGGCGCGGCCAAUUCCGCCGGAUUGGCGGUGGGAAAGAAGGAUGCCGCGGGAGAUAAAGGCGAGCUCGCAAAUCGAGACGGUACGGGUUUGCAGCUCUCCGCCAAACAGCUCGAUGCUCGCCUGCCAACUCCGCCGCCGGACGAGUAG